CCCAUUUCCAACUCCCUGUCACCCUAGACAAGUCUAACAACACUUUUUACUAACCCGAUCAAUCUUCAGGACCUAGGCGGAGGAGGCACUUUCGAGUUUGGAGAACUGUCACGAAUAAUUGGCCGUAGUGACGUUCCCACGGUAUCUUUUUGUUACACUACCGCCAGCACCAGCAUCAUCACUCGGUUCAAUGACCACGACUAACGCCACAAGGCAAGAGCCUGCACAAUCAUUCACUUUAUUCCCCCAGCUACCCGUCGAGCUACAGCGUCGCAUCUGGGAACUGUGUCUUCCCGCGCGCAUUGUCGAACUAGACAGGCCAAUAACUGAGAAUGUUACCACGCCGUGCAGCAUGUAUAAUACGUCGCAAUUCAACAGUCGGAUCCCGAUAGCUGUCCAGAUUUGCAAGGAGUCGCGCAGCGUCGCCCUCCUCGCCGGCUUCAAGCAGAUAUACGACGGCAAUUUCGUCGACAGUGAUGCCCCAGGAUGGAAGGCCAUGAAUAGCAUCAAGGAUCUUUGGGUUACUCCAUCUAUUGACGUGCUGCACCUCAAUUACGGAAAUUGUUACAAUGUUGGAAGGGACCAUCCCAGCGACAACCCGCUGCAGUUUUUGCUGUGGCUAAGACGGCGGCUCGGCCAUUCCACGCACAUCUCUAUUGUUGCGCCACUAGUGCUAGCAUUUAACGACUAUCAGGGCGCCGAGUUCAUGACUACAUACGAGGACAAAAAUUUGGACUUGCUCACCGAAGCUGGCGGGUCGUACCUGACCACCCUGUGCGUGGUUAGCCUGCACCUCAGUCUAGAUGCUGCUCUGCGGAAAGAAGGGGGGAUGUUAUUUGGUCGCUUGGGAGAAGAACGUGUUAAGCUCGUCAGGGCAGGAGAUAAGACCGCGCUAAAGGCUUAUUACAAACUCUGGGCCGCGGGGCCGAGGAAAGCCCUCGAGCCUGUGAUGUUCUUUGAAUUGGCCUUGGUCAGGCACGAGUCCGAAUGGUUACCCCGAGUAGCGCAGUGGAAACAGAGGCUGGUGACAAAAUGGGUGACUCACAAUUUGCGUAAAGCGGAGGCAAAGAACAACUGUGCGGAUAUCCAAGACCCGGAGGGAAUCUUUCGUACUCGGAGGGAGGAUGAGUGGAGGACUGUUCUGCAAGGUAAUUCGGGCCCAUUUUCAGACUAUAUGCGCCCGCCAAGAGGGUGGGCUUUUCUCAAUCAUGCGACGGAUGUGACAAACACGGAACAUCCAUGGGUUGCGAAGGUGUUGCGAGACAUGCCGUGCUUCGAGCCGAUGGUCAUGUUCCGGCUUUGCGCAGAAAAGUGCUACGCUCCUAAGCCACCGAGACCACAGCAUAUAAUAGGCGGCCAGGGUACUGGUAGGAAACGGCACUGUUCUGUGUAGUGCCCAGCCAUCUUCUCUGCACUGCGCGGUAAGACUUCCUUAAUUCCUGUUAUAUUCCCGGCGGUUUCAUCAAUUGAGACCUUGUGAUUCAAUGGCGGAGGUGGUAAUGAUUGGUUCAAUAUGCCAGCGCUAUAAUAAUAGAUAGAGGGGGAUUUAUGAGUGCAGUUACGGAUGUGGCUAACGACGCAGUUUCUGGGAGAGAAAAGAGUGACGCUGAUGAUCCGUUGAAGAACCAGCAUGCUACUGAUUUGGUAUAUUAUUACUAUUGCUACGGA